CGUAGACACAGAGGGAUGGAGCAGGUUGCAGUCUUUCAGCCUGUGCUGCUCUGUUGUGUUGCAGAUGAAAUCCAGAGGUUCAUGGAGGAGGUUAAAUCUCUGGAAUACCAAGACAAGCCGCCGUACGACAAGCUGCGCUCCAUCCUGCAGGCUGGACUCAAGGCUGUACAGGCUAAAGAUGAUGGCAAGCUGGAAUUCACCCCUGCCAAUGGAGCUGUACCACCUCCUGCCAAGAAGGCCACCAAGAGGAAGAAAGCAGCAGCUGAAGCAGAACAGAGUGACACUGAUGGAAGUCCCACCAAGAAGAAGAAGACUGUCACGAAGAAAAAAGAUGUGAAUGGAGUAAAGAAAAGUCCCAAAAAGACUCAAAGACCAAGGAAGGCACUGAGCACUGCAAAACAGAGCGAGCCCAAAUCUAGACUGGUGGAGAUGGGCACACAAACGUCACCUGGGCUGGCCCUGAAUUCCAGAGGCAGGACCAAGAAAUCCACCUGAGUCUCCAUUCCUCCCUCCAUCCUCCCGUCUGUCCUCUGCUUCUUAAUGUCACUUUUUUAAGUUUUCUAAAAUUCUCUGUCUGUUACGCACUGACGUGUUGCUUUGUUUUUGGUGUGGUUGGAGUUAGAUCGAUUGUAAUAAAAUAAAUGAAAGUGUCCGUCUUGU